CGGCUGCUGGCCCGGCUCAGCGCCGUGUCCGGCGCCGCCGCCAAGGCCGUGCUGGCGCAGCUGGUGGAGGGGGCCCUGCGCGGCCGCAACGCCGAGCUCUUCGGGGGCACCGCCGAGCCCCGGCCCGGCGCCGAGGACCCCCCGCCGCCGCCCGGGGAGCCCGGCGGCGCCGGCGUGUCCCUGCUGGACACCAACCGGCGCUUCAGCGCCGCGGUGAACUCGGCGGGCGGCGUGUGGUCGGUGUUCCACGCCGGCGUCAUCGGGCGCGGGCUGAAGCCGGCGGCGGGCGCCGGGCGCCGCGACCCCGAGGAGUUCGCCCGCAACACCCACGCCUUCCUGAGCCUCCUGCUGCGCUGCUGCCGGGGCUCCCGCCCGGGGGAGCCCGACCCCGGCGUCAGCCCCGAGGCCGCCAAGGCCGUGGCGGCGGCGCUGGUGGAGUCGGUGUGCCCGGAGGCCGCCGGCGGCGACCUGGCCUGGCCCCCCGAGGAGCAGGCCCGCGGCACCGUGGAGCGGGACCUGCGCAUCUGCCGCCGCUUCCGCGCGCAGCCGCUGCUCUUCCCGCUGCUGCGCGUGGUGGCCGCGGGCCGCCCGGCCCUCUGCUACUGCUCGGGGCUGCUGCGGGGGCUGCUGGCGGCGCUGGUGGCCCACUGGGACGCCUGCCGGGACCCCCGCACCACCGCCUCGCCCUGGCACCUGCAGGCCUCCUGCGCCCUCGUGGCGCUGCUGGCCGAGGGGUCGCUGCUGCCCCCCGUGCUGGGCAACAUGCACGAGCUGUUCCCGCAGCUGGCGCCCUUCGAGCUGCACCUGCUGCUGCUGCUGGUCUGGGACUUCCUGCGCGAGAACAGCCCCCUGCCCCAGAAGUUCACCUUCCAGCCCCAGCGCGGCACCUUCCGCAGGGACUUCUCCCGCGACGGCGACGUGGGCAAGCACCUGGCCGUGCUGCACAGCGUCCUGCACAAGAACAUCCAGCGCCUGGGGCUGCUGGCCGGCAGGUUCUACCCCUGAGAGCCCCCCCAGACGGGGAAUUGGGGGCGUCCGGGGGGUCCUGGGGGUCCUGGGGCUGCUGGUGAGGGGGUUCUACCCCUAAGACCCCCCCCAAAAUGUGGAAUUUGGGGUGUCCGGGGGGUUCUGGGGCUGCUGGCGGGGGAGUUCUACCCCGAGACCCCCCUGGAACCCUCCCAGAUAUGGAUUUGUAAUAAAAGGGAGCAAAAAGGGACCCCUGGGCCCAAAUCAAGCUCUGUCUGUGAUGGUGGG